AUGCUGCCGAGUCCCUUCGUUAUACUCCCGGCCCUCCUCGCGACGGCAUGGGCCGCUGGAGGACCCGAGGCUCCCACCGUGUCUGGCUUUCUGACAGAGACCCUCGAGGCCACGUCUACGGUUGCUGAGGCCGCAACAACUGCUUCGUCUUCAGGGGCAACAACUCACACAGUCAAUGUUGGAGCGUCUGGACACAAGUUUACCCCUGCCGAAGUCCAAGCAAAGGUUGGCGACAUAAUCGAAUGGCGCUUCUAUCCCAGCGGGCACUGGAUCAUCCGAGGAGACUUUGAGCAACCGUGUAUUCCCUACGAAUACGCCGGCCUAAAUCGACAAGGGUUUUCGAGUGGUGCCCAGAAGGUUCAGGCCAUCACUGAUGAUGCUCCCCGAUUCCGAGUUCGAGUCAACAAUACCGAUCCCAUCUUCUUCUACUGUGGUGCACCUGGAUCCUGCGUAAAGUGGCACAUGAUGGGCGUGGUGAAUCCUUCCAAGAACGAAACCCUCGACAUGUGGCUCGAAAAGGCCAAGGACGUCGACUACCAGCUACGCCCUGGAGAACCAUGGCCUACCGAAGACCUCCCCACUGAGACUGCGAGCCCCAAAGGAUCAGAUCGAGAAGACGAUGACGACGACACAUCAUCUAACCUUUCACCUGGUGCCAUUGCCGGAAUCGCCAUCGGAAGUGCUGCAGUGCUACUCUUGGCCGGCGCCCUGCUCUACCUCUGCGGAAGAAGAGGCGGCUUCGACAAGGCAUACCGCAAGAGUUUCCGUGGUACUCCUAACCCUCCCGUCGCAGAAACACAAUUCAACUCUCCAAAUCCUGCCGGAUCUCCUUGGGAUGUGAACAAGCCACUACCAGGCGUAGUAGCAGCUCCCUUCGGCCAAAGCCCACCCAUGAGCCCUCACCAAUCCAUCGGCUACGGAACGCACCCGGCCGCGCUGGCAGCAAUGGUAGCCCAAGCCCAAACCCAGGACGGAACGAUAGGGUCGUACUACAGUGACACUUAUACGCAGCAUCCCGCGCCUUCACCCUCGCAGGGUGGCACGACGCCGAAGCCCCCCGAGCAAACUGCACCCGCUGAGCUUCCUGCUUCCGCGGAUCCCGGGAACUCGCCUCUGCCGACCUAUAAUAACAAUGGGCGAUCACAAGUGUUUUCAUGGGCGGGUGAAGAGACUGGCUACCGUCCGGCCAAGUAG